GUACGUGGACUACAUGGCCGGUCUCUUAUCUGCGAACAUCCGAGUGAACUCCGCGCCGCUGUUCCUGACGCACGUGACGGUGCUGGGGGCGCCGGCUUUCGAGCCCGGCAUGGGUGGCGGGUGCCGGGCAUUUCUCAAGGUCUACGAGGGGCUGGUCCCCGUCUACACCUCGGGCGUCUACACCGUCACCGGGGACACCAAACAGUUCACUGUCAACGUCGCCGCCGAACGCCAGCGGCGAGGCCUUCAGCUCAGGGGAGACAUCCUACUCAAGUGCUAUCAUAGACAUUAUUCUGGCAACCAGCGAGACAGCGGCACAGCCGACAGCCCGACAAGGUGCAGCAGCAACGCAAGCGAACCUCUGCCGCCGCUCAGAGAGCAAAUUUUCUCGUGCCAAUUUCAUACCUGUGCUAUAACGGACUACACUGUUAGCUUUACUCGUCAAGAAUUAGAUUCAGCCUGUCACGAUUUGAGGUUUCCGCUGGACGGUGCAGUGGAGCUCCACUUUUCGGCGACCCCCGAAUCGGUGCGUCUCCCGGCGCCAGCCCCGACCCCCGCGGUCCCUGUUGACUUGUCCACGGAUCCGGUCACCAGGUGGGACAGCUACGAGAAUCUCGCCGAUUCCCCCCUCGGAGACACAGCCGAUACAGACACCGAAGACACUGCCG